UGCUCACACACUGGGCCGCUAUCAGCUAGCCUGGACUUGUCCUCCGCCCAAAACACGUGUCCCCAGCCAGUAGGAGAGAAUUAUCCCAGCCGGACCCAGGCCACACUGCGGCCAUAAAUAGCCCCCUGGGAAGCGGCCCGGCCUCCACACUGCUGGGGAAGAGAUGGAGGGAGGCUCGAUGAUGGCAUCUGGGGCGAGCUAUCCGAGGCCCCUGUGCAGGUAUUUUGCCCGUGGAUCCUGUCCCUGGGGCCAGAGCUGCCUCUUCUCACAUGACAGGAAAUCGGCCCAGGUCUGCAGGUACUUCCAGCGUGGGUUUUGCCGAUACGGAGAGCAGUGCCGUUACCAGCACAUCCAGGAGCAGUCCCAACACCACCGGGGCCCAGAGCCUGGCACUGAGCCCCCAGCCAUGACCCRGGACUGCGGGGGAGCCCAGAGCACCUCGGUUGACCCUGCUCACAGCAUCACAUGUAUGGCCUUCAAGUUGCCAAAAGUGGAGGUUGAAGUGGAAGAGAAGGACAAGAAGAACAUCCCAACAGUUGAUUUCCAGCCACAAGGAGCAGCACUGGAUCCAGACUCCUCUGACCCCAUAGACGCAGUUGUGCAUUCGGCGACAGGGACUGACCCUGCAAAGGUCCCUGCAGAGCUGGGCGCUGCAGCAGCCYUGAUCACCCCAGCAGCACUGAGAGCACAGAGCGAGGGCGUGGUGUGUGGCAUCUGCAUGGACAGGGUGUAYGAGAAAGCUCUGCCCGAGGAGCGGCUCUUUGGGAUCCUCCCCAACUGCAGCCACGCGUACUGCGUGGGGUGCAUCCGCAAGUGGCGCCGCAGCCGGGACUUCCAGAGYGCUGUCAUAAAGGCCUGCCCCGAGUGCCGGAUUGCCUCCAGUUACUACAUCCCCCACAAAUACUGGAUCACAGAUGGGGCUGAGAAGGAGAAGCUCAUCAGCACCUUCAAGGCACGGACGGGGAAAAUCAGGUGCAAAUUCUUCAACCGGGGCCACUGCCCUUUCAGAUCAGAGUGCAUCUACCUGCACAAGCUGCCUGCCCGCCAGCUGACGCGGCACAGGCGGCAGCAGCCAAGGAUGCCCGCUGCGUUCAUCUUUUCUUCGUCGGAGAGCUCUGAUGAGGAGGAUGAUGAGUGGGCUCUGGAGUGGGCUCUUACCCUGGCCAUGGUGGGGACAGAAUUUUGCUACUCAAGUUACCUCGAUGAGAUGUUUCUCCUGGACUUCAGCGAUUCUGACUGAGCCGUGGGGGCCACGUUUGGCCUGGGUGCUGCUGGGGGUUGGGACACAUCUGUGGGGAGGCGGAAAGGCUCUGCUUUAGACUCCUGCCAUGUUUUUGGGGUGACUCCAGGGAUGGGAUGGGAUGGGAUGGGAUGGGAUGGGAUGGGGAAGCAAGCUGGCUGGCAUUUAUCGCUGCACCAGGGGUGACUCAGGGCACAGCCCCCCUGCUCCUGCCCUCACCCCUUUGGUGGUGCCCACUCUGUGCCCGUGAGUGACUCACGGGUGGGGCUGGGCUGGUGCUGGGAGGGUCUGACAUMCACGGGACUGGGGUGCCGGGCAGCAGCGGGGUCACUGUUUUAAACUGUUUUUACUCAAAUCCGGGAACAACGAAAUAAAAUCCGCUG